AUGUCGUCCCUGCGGAACUCGAUUCCGCGGCGGGCUCACAAGGAGCGCGCCCAGCCGGAGUCGCGGAAGAAGUACGGGCUUCUGGAGAAGCACAAGGACCAUAUCCUCCGCGCCAGGGCCUACCAGCGCAAGGAGGAUUUCAUCAGGAAUCUGAAGGAGAAGGCAUCGUUCAAGAACCCAGAUGAGUUCUAUUUCAAGAUGAUCAACAGUAAAACCGUGGAUGGAAUCCAUAGGCCCAAGCCUGAAGCAAAUAAUAAGUACACCGAAGAGGAACGUAUGCUCUUGAAGCAUAAAGACAUGGGAUACAUCUUUCAGGCCAUUCAAAGUGAAAGAAAGAAAGUUGAACGAUUGAGCUCAACCCUUCACGCAGUGGAUGACAAGCGUUCAAACAAGCACAUUUACUUUGCGGAAGACAGAGAAGAAGCCAAAGAAAUACGAUCUAGGAUAGGUGAAAGCAGCAGCGCACCUCAAUUUGGUAACAUCCCUUCUCGUAUAAAGAGGAAAACAGCUUCCUCCUACAAGGAGUUAGAAAGCAGGAAAGAAAGGGUUAAGAAUCUUGAGAAAUUGUAUGCGGACAUGGCCUUGCAAAAAGAACUGAAGAAACCUGGACGCAAAAGGAAGCUCCGUGAAGAAGAGAUUUUAAAUUCAACAUCACAGCCUGUUUACAAGUGGCGUGCGCAAAGGAAGCGAUGA